AUAAGUUGUAAGAACGAUGCCUGUAUGCAGAUCGAGCAAAAAGAAGAAGGAAGUAGCAGGAAAAAAUCUAUUUGAAGCUGAAAAAGUUGAUCCAGAGUUGGUAAAAGUUGAUACAGAGAACACAUUUUCAUUAAAGUUGAUCGAAAUGGAGAAAACAGAGGAAAAAGUCGAAAAUCAGAACUCGAACGUGUGUGAUAGUGGAAUAAAUUCAAGCGAUCUGGUAGAGCUAUUAAAAAUGCUGAACUCAGGCAAAAACGUGUCAGUCGACCAAUUCGAAAAAAUUGUUCCAGAAUACGAUGGCGUGACAAUUCCUAUUGGAAAGUGGUUGGAAAACUUCAACGAGAAUGCUGACGCAUAUGAGCUUACCGAAAAGCAGAAAUAUGUAAAUGCGAGGAAUAAAAUGAGAGGAACGGCAAAACUGUUCCUAGAAACAGUGAGUGUUUCGAACUUCGAUUCUUUGUGCGAAGCGCUCAAAGAGGAAUUCGACAUAAAGUUCAACAGUGCUGACAUACAUCAGAAGUUAAUGCAAAGGCAAAAGAAAAACGACGAGAACUUUUACGAAUAUAUUCUGCAAAUGAGGAAGCUGGCAGCACUGGGGUCGAUAGAAGACGAAGUAGUUAUUCGAUACAUUGUGGACGGAAUUAAGCAAAUGAGUUACAAGAGCAGCAGCAGCGCAGUACAAAAGCGAAACUACACGAAGCUUGCGCAAAAUGUUAAAGACGAUGAGGGCGAAAAUCGCGCAGUAAGUAGACAUUGUUUCAAUUGUGGGUCAUCUACACACAUACGUGCAGAAUGUAAGGCAGAAACAAAAUGCUUUAAAUGCAACGGCAAUGGUCAUAUCGCAAAAAAUUGUGAAUAUCAGAAGAGAACGGUGAACAUGCUAACAAGUGAUAAACGAAAAAAGCAAAUGCGAAUUAGCAACAAGUACAUAUCAUGUUUGAUAGACACAGGUGCAGAUGUGUCACUUAUGCAGCAAUGUGUUUAUGAAAAAAAUUUUGGCAAUCACAGCCUACAAAAAAGUUUUGCGAAAUUGUAUGGUUUGGGAAAUGUUGCGAUUGCGGCGAAAGGUGCGUUAUCGUUAAAAGUUGAAGUUGAUAAUAUAAAAACUGAGCAUUCAUUUCUUGUCGUAGCUGAUCAUAAAAUAAACAACGAAGUUAUUGUCGGAUAUGAUUUCAUUCAGCGUUUCCAAUUAGAGUUUAAUGCUAAGGGAUAUUUUUUCUCCGAUAAGACAAAUGUACAAGAAGAGGUCGAAUUAAAAUGCGUAUACAAUAUUAUAGAAAAGGUGCCAGAAAUUGAUGUUCCGCCUCAAUAUAGAAAUGAUGUUAAUAAAUUAAUUAAUGAAUACAAUCCUGUAGUUAGUUCGAUUGAACAUCCUAUUCAGCUGAAAAUAAUACCAAAAGACGAUUUUAUUAAUUUCAAUGAAAGUCCGACCCGAUUAUCUGCAGCAGAGCGUGACGUUGUCAAGAGUCAAGUGGACGAGUGGUUAAAACUUGGUAUAGUUCAUGAAUCCAACGCAAACAUAGCCAGUAAAGUUGUUCUUGCAAGGAAAAAAGAUGGAAGUUAUCGUGUUUGCAUAGACUAUCGUAAACUAAAUGCUGCUGUGUUAAAAGAUCGUUUCCCUGUUCCAAUCAUCGGCGAAUUGGUAGAGAAGAUGCAAUCAGCGAAAUUCUUUACGGUUAUGGACCUCAAAAACGGGUUCUUUCACGUGCCGAUUGAAGAAAGUAGUCAGAAAUAUACAGCAUUUGCGACAAAUGUAAUUUGCUUGGCGCAGCAACAGCAACAACAACAGCAGCAGGGGCAGCAGCAUGAAUUUCAAAUCCAAAGCAACGCCGCUCCCCAGCAGUGA